UUGACUCAAAGCUCUUGUAGAGCUCAUCUAAUCUCUUUGGUUGAGAAGAUCUGUCCUCCCACAGACUCACCUUCAGCAUUAUAAAGGAAUACAUCUUCCUGAUGACAAGCUCUCUUUGCAGGGACACUUCAAACUUGGUUAAUUCAGACGCAGCACCUUCUGUUACAAAAAUUUAAGAGACACAUGAGAAAUUAGAGUGCUGCUUGCACAUCUUUGGACUACUACUUACCCACGAGAUCCAGGGCAUUCACAAUGAGCAUUAGUGAAGACGACGUGGAGAAGUUUCUUGAUGGCAACCCUGCUUUUGCCAAGCAGUAUUUUGAGAAGAAACUAAAAACAGAGUCCUGGGAUAACAAUGAAAGCGAAAUACUUUUUGAGUUGAUCCAAGACAUGCAAGAAAGCAUCAACAUGGAGAAAGUUGUUUUCAAGACCUUGAGAAGAAUCAGGUCUCUUAUCCACGCUGACCGCUGUAGUCUCUUCAUGUACAGGCAGAGAAAUGGCACUCCUGAACUGGCAACAAGGCUUUUUAACAUCCAGGAAGGAAGUACUCUGGAGGAAUGCCUGGUCGCCCCAGACUGCGAGAUUGUCUAUCCACUGGACAUAGGCAUUGUGGGCCAUGUUGCUCAGACCAAGAAAACCAUGAACAUCAAGGAUGUCCGUGAGUGUGCCCAGUUCAGCCCAUUUGUUGAUGAGCUCACCGACUACACUACAAAAAAUAUCCUUGCAACACCCAUCUUGAAUGGCAAAGAUUUGGUUGCUGUCAUUGUGGCUAUAAAUAAGCUGAAUGGCCCACACUUCACCAGCUCUGAUGAAACACUUUUUCUGAAGUACCUGAAUUUUGCAUCCUUGAACUUGAAAAUUUAUCACUUGAGUUAUCUUCACAACUGUGAGACUCGAAGAGGCCAGGUGCUGUUGUGGUCAGCCAAUAAGGUCUUUGAGGAACUGACAGACAUUGAGAGGCAGUUCCACAAGGCUUUUUAUACAGUGAGGGCAUACCUGAACUGUGACCGAUACUCAGUCGGUCUCCUGGACAUGACGAAGCAGAAGGAGUUUUUUGACCUGUGGCCAGUCCUCCUGGGAGAAGUACCUCCCUACUCAGGACCUCGAACCCCGGAUGGCAGAGAAAUAGUCUUUUACAAGGUCAUUGAUUACAUAUUACAUGGAAAAGAAGACAUUAAAGUUAUCCCAAAUCCUACCCCGGAUCACUGGGCACUAGUUACUGGACUACCAGCCUAUGUGGCUGAAAGUGGAUUUAUUUGCAACAUUAUGAAUGCUGCAGCAGAUGAGAUGUUUAACUUUCAGGAAGGUCCUCUAGAUGAAUCAGGAUGGACUAUCAAAAACGUUCUCUCCAUGCCAAUAGUGAAUAAAAGAGAAGAAAUUGUUGGUGUUGUCACAUUUUAUAACAGAAAAGAUGGGAAACCAUUUGAUGAACAGGAUGAAACCCUCAUGGAGUCCUUGACACAGUUCCUGGGUUGGUCUGUGCUCAACACAGAUACAUACGAUAAGAUGAACAAGUUGGAGAACCGUAAGGACAUUGCUCAGGACAUGGUGCUCUACCACGUGAAAUGUGACAAGGAUGAAAUCCAGGAAAUUCUGCCAACACGAGAAAAGCUGGGGAAGGAGCCAAGUGAGUGUGACGAAGAGGAACUGGCAAGCAUUCUGAAAGAAGAACUGCCGGGGCCCACGAAGUUUGAAAUCUAUGAGUUCAGGUUCUCUGAUUUUGACUGCACUGAGCUAGAGCUGGUGAAGUGUGGCAUUCAGAUGUACUACGAGCUUGGCGUGGUGAAAAAGUUCCAGAUCCCACAGGAGGUUCUGGUAAGGUUUGUGUACUCUGUCAGCAAAGGCUACCGGAAGAUAACUUACCACAACUGGCGUCACGGCUUCAAUGUGGCACAGACCAUGUUCACACUCCUGAUGACUGGCAAACUGAAGCGUUACUACACCGACCUCGAAGCCCUUGCAAUGGUAACUGCAGCUCUGUGCCAUGAUAUUGACCACAGGGGAACCAACAACCUCUACCAAAUGAAAUCUCAAAAUCCUUUAGCUAAACUUCAUGGAUCCUCUAUUUUAGAAAGACAUCACCUGGAAUUCGGAAAAUUCCUGCUCUCUGAGGAGUCAUUGAAUAUAUGUCAGAACCUCAACCGCAGGCAGCAUGAGCAUGUGAUUCACCUGAUGGAAAUUGCCAUUAUAGCAACAGACCUGGCACUCUACUUCAAAAAGCGAACAAUGUUUCAAAAGAUCGUUGAUGAGUCUAAGACGUACGACAGUGCGAGUGCCUGGACUGAGUACCUGUCUCUGGAGACAACAAAAAAAGAGGUUGUCAUGGCCAUGAUGAUGACUGCCUGUGACUUGUCAGCUAUCACAAAGCCUUGGGAAGUCCAGAGUAAGGUAGCUCUACUGGUAGCAGCUGAGUUCUGGGAGCAAGGAGAUUUGGAAAUAAGCGUCCUUCAGCAGCAGCCCAUUCCAAUGAUGGACCGAAGGAAAGCUGCUGAGCUUCCAAAGCUUCAAGUGGGUUUCAUUGACUUUGUGUGUACAUUUGUCUAUAAGGAAUUUUCCCGCUUCCAUGAGGAAAUUCAGCCUAUGCUUGAUGGGCUGCUGAACAACAGAAAUGAGUGGAAGACCCGUGCUGAUGAGUAUGAUGCAAAAAUUAAAGCUCUGGAGGAAGAGAAGAAAAAAGAGGAAGAGAGAAUGGCUGCAAAAAGAGGUGAAAUAACCUGUAAUGGAGGAACAGCUCCAGCUUCCAGAACCUGUAGCAUACUUUAAACCUGUUCUCACUGAAAUACAUGCCACACAAAAUGAGAACACCCACAUAAAAAUAACAACAAUCAACAACAAACAAACAAACCCAAACCCAAACAAAACCCACCCUAAAACAAACAAACAACUUCCCCCUCAACAAAACCAAACAAAAAAACUUUAAAAAAAAAAAAAAAAACAUGGGGUACAAAUAAAUUUCUGAUUGGACUAUUCUGAUAAUUUAUUAGGCUUGUGACCAACCAGGGAAGGGCUAGAUCUUGUUUGCCUUAAUUGUAUCUCUUCCUGAUGGUAGGGAGCCAGUUCUGUCCUGUCUCCUGUCCUCCAUUUAAUGAAUCUUAUGUCAGAUGGCAUGUGACAAGUCAGAACAAUAUUUAGCCCAAUAAAUCAGGCUGCAAGAUUAUAGAAGAGUAUUUUUCCUGCACUGAAACACUUCUUAUCCUAAAGCUGAUGGGGAUAGUGCUGCUCCUUACAACCUCAUGAGACUGACAGUGAAUGCAACCAUAGCCUGCACAGUGGGAAAAAAAGAAGAAGAAAUAAAGUUAUCAUAUCUAAGUCUGUAUCUGUCAGGAUAUCAGAAGGAAAGCUGAGGGUAAAGAUAAAGCAUGAAAACUGACUAUAGUAAAUCUUUGAACUGCUCUAAAAGAUUAUGGUUCCAUUUAAAUCCAAGAAACACUCUGACAGACAAGACAUCUGCAUUCACUUCAAGAAUCUGGAUAGGCUGCUAUCCCAAAUGGAUAGCUAUUAAUAUAUAUUCAUAUAUAUUCAUAUAUAGUCAUAUAUAUUCAUAUAUGGAGCUAUUAAUGCAACACACAGUAGCUGCCUUCUCCAGGAGCAGGAUCCACACUGUGUACUAAUUGAAGCUUCAUUCUUUUAUGCACUAUUUUAAGAAGACAGUGUCAUCAUUUACCCAUUACAGUUCCUCUUACAAUUAACCAAGCAACCUGAGUUGUAAGAUCUCGUAAAUUUGUUCUGUUUUGCCUCAUAAUUCCAGUUAUUUAACAUAACUGAUUGGAACUAACUGUCCUUCCUUUCCUCUUCCUGCUCUGAGAUGUCUGGUUUUUAGAUCAUACUCUUUACUCAUGACUCUUAUUUCAAAUGAAAAUUACUUUUCAUGUUUAUUCAUGUAAAAAUAGAAUAUUUAAUUACACUCUUGUAGUAGUAGACACACCCUCAUGUCCUAUUCCCUCUCCUCCCCCUCUUUCUUUUUUAAAAUUGUUUGGAGAUCUGUUUUGCUGGGGAUUUUCUUCUUCUAUUACUCCUGUUACCUUCAGGAUUCUUACCCUUCAGUAUAUUGUUUCACAUUACAAAAAUACUGUAAGUAAAAGGAAAACUA